AUGGAGUCAGAAGGACCUGCAGAGUCAGACAGUUCAGAAAAAUUAGUAUUUUCCCCACGGCAAGAAGAAGAAGAGAAUAAUGAAGAAGAAGCUCAAGAAUCAGAGAAAACAGGCACUGUGAACCCCCUUUUACAACCUGCUCUCACAGGGGACGUAGAAGGUUUGCAGAAGAUUUUUGAGGAUCCUCAGAAUCCUCAUCAUGAACAGGCCAUGCAGUUACUCUUGGAAGAAGACAUUGUUGGGAGAAAUUUGUUGUAUGCAGCUUGCAUGGCCGGGCAAAGUGAUGUGAUUAGAGCUUUGGCAAAAUACGGUGUGAAUCUGAAUGAAAAGACCACCAGAGGGUACACACUCUUACACUGUGCCGCAGCCUGGGGUCGUUUGGAAACUUUGAAAGCACUAGUGGAACUGGACGUUGAUACAGAAGCUUUGAAUUUCCGGGAAGAAAGAGCUCGAGAUGUUGCUGCUCGGUAUUCCCAGACUGAGUGUGUUGAAUUCCUGGACUGGGCAGAUGCAAGGCUGGCUCUGAAAAAAUAUAUUGCAAAGGUCUCUUUUACCAUUACUGACACAGAAAAGGGACCAGGGAAGCUCCUUAAGGAAGACAAGAACACCAUCCUCAAUGCAUGCCGUGCUAAAAAUGAGUGGUUGGAAACCCAUUCAGAAGCUUCCAUUAAUGAGCUUUUUGAGCAGAGACAACAAUUGGAGGAUAUCGUGACUCCCAUCCUCACAAAGAUGUCUAUACCACGUCAAGUGAAAAGUGCCAAAUCUAUAAACUAA